AUGUCUAGUGCCCUAGCAACUCGAAUCCCCCAACACUUUUGUCAUUUAAACUCUCAACAUUUAACGAACAUUGAAGUAGCUUGUGUCUUUAUGGGACUGGAAAUCAUCUUCACGUACGCUAAACUAGUGGUAUUGCUAAUGGGUCGAAUGGUAGAAAAGAUGUUCCGCAUUGGAACGAUUCAAGUGGCUACAGUGACUCAACAUGUACUCGGUUUGCCUUGUGUUGAUCUACCAAAUGGAGACCAACAGCUUACUGAGUGGGUGUCUACAUCUGAUGAGGAUCAGUGGGAAAUUGGUGGACGAGAUCUUCUCGAAGAAAAGGACAAACAAAGUCACGAAAUCUCGUACUCAAGCAUUGAAGACGAACUGAUUGAGCUGAGCGACGGAGAAGAAAGACCGACUUCAAUCACGUCGCUACUUUCAGGUCAACAAAGUCGUUUUAUCUCGUCGUCUUCAGCCAAAAUGAUCAGCUCCGACUCGAGUACUUUGCUUUUGUAA